AUGUUACACAAGUUGUUUAUAGACCUAGAGAAAGCUUAUGAUAGAGUGCCGAGACAGGAAGUGUGGAGAUGUAUGCGCAAGCGAGGAGUGACGGAGAAAUACGUGAGAAUGAUUCAAGAGACUUAUAAGAAUGUUACCACCAAGGUCCGACAGAUAGAGCCACUAUGGUGCAUACUGUAUGCCGAUGACAUCGUGUUGGUGGCGGAGACGAAGCAGGAGAUACAGAAGAUGGAAGGAUGGAGAACUGCAUUGGAGAGUAGAGGGCUGAAGAUAAGCAGGAAAAAGACAGAGUAUUUCACAAUGGACACAGAAGGAGAUCAACAGUCAACGAUACAAAUAGAUGGAUUGAACCUGAAGAGAGUGGACCACUCUAUGACCUGUGGCAUAGAAAUUGCACCACUGAGAAAAGUCGAGGAAAGAAAAUUGGAUGUUGCUGAAAUGAAAAUGCUCAGAUGGAUGGUGAGGGUAACAAAGAUGGACUGCAUACGGAAUAACUGUAUAAGAGGAUCACUCAAGGUAACAGAAAUAUCAAAGAAUAUUCAGGAAUCAAGACUGCGAUGGUAUAGACACCUGCUAAGAAGAAACGAAGAUCAUAUGCACAUCUUUAAAAAAUUGCACAAAAGUAAAAAGGUUCGGUCCCACGGCAGCGGCAUCCGUGUGACCGUUGGGAGUCACAGAAGGUUGUGUGGCGAAGACCGCCAAACAGCGCGCCAUAAACUCGAUCCAGCAGGAAAACGUGAGAAAGAGGUCCAGAUAUCACCAAUGACAGAAAACAACCCGUUCGUAUCUCGCGCUCACCACGUCCGCACCAAGUACAACAGUGACAUUACCAAAGCCCAGUUUAUAACAGGAGGAGGCAUCAGCAUUAACCUCUCCAACAAGCAGCCCAGACAAACAGCGAAACGUUGUCUUCGUAGGAGAACGUCACGCACUGUUGGCGACCGUCAGAAGUGA